UUUCAGAUGGCAGCAAUGUGAUUGGAACUGAAGAGAACAGUUUUGACCGCAGCUAUGUAAAAAAGAAAUUGGAACAUGGGCUUUCACGAAUAUGGCAGGAUGUUCAACUGAAAGUGAAAACAUAUCUUCUGGGAACAGAUCUGUCUAACUUCAAAUAUGAUGACUUCAUAUUUGUACUUGAUGUUAUCAGCAGGUUGAUGCAAGUUGGAGAAGAAUUUUGUGGCAGUAAGUCUGAAGUUUUGCAAGAAUCUAUCAGAAAACAAAGUGUUAACUAUUUCAAAACAUACCACAGAACCCGUCUUGAAGAAUUAAGAAUGUUUUUGGAGAAUGAGACCUGGGAACUUUGUCCUGUUAAAUCAAGCUUUAGUAUUCUGCAGCUUCAUGAAUUUAAGUUCAUGGAGCAGUCACGUUCCCCAUCUGUGUCGCCUAGUAAGCAGCCUUCUUCAGCAAUUUCGACAACAGUGACGUUAUUUGAACAGUACUGUAACGGAGGAAACCCCUUUGAAAUUCAGGCCGACAGCAAAGAUGAUGAGACAGAAGAUGUGUUAGCUUCCAAUGGGUAUGAAUCAGAUGAGCAAGAAAAAAGUGGCUAUCAAGAGUAUGAUAGUGACAGUGAUGUUCCUGAAGAGUUGAAAAGAGACUAUGUGGAUGAGCAGACAGGAGAUGCCCCUGUGAAAAGGCAAGUAGACUGU